UUUUCCCAGUCAGAAUCUCUAGGGUUCUUCGUUUCUCCCUCGCGCCGCCGCCUCCCUCUCCCGUCCCGGCGCACUUGGGAGCUCGACUUACCCGCGCCGCCCACCAUGAUCAUCUCCAAGAAGAACCGCAAUGAGAUUUGCAAGUACCUCUUCCAAGAGGGGGUGCUGUAUGCCAAGAAGGACUACAACCUGGCGAAGCACCCGCAGAUUGAUGUGCCGAACCUCCAGGUGAUCAAGCUCAUGCAGAGCUUCAAGUCUAAGGAAUACGUCAGGGAGACCUUCUCGUGGCAGCAUUACUAUUGGUACCUCACCAACGAUGGCAUUGAGUUCCUGCGCAACUUCCUCAACCUGCCGUCUGAGAUUGUGCCUGCCACGCUCAAAAAAUCUGCCAGGCCUCCUGGCCGCCCACUCGGUUCUGGCCCACCUGGUGAUCGCCCGAGGGGGCCACCUCGUUUUGAGGGUGACAGGCCAAGAUAUGGCGACAGGGAUGGUUACCGUGGCGGUCCUCGUGGUGCACCUGGUGACUUUGGUGGUGAGAAAGGCGGAGCUCCUGCAGACUUCCAGCCAUCAUUCAGGAGCUCUGGUGGAGGUGGAUUUGGCCGCGGCGGUGGCGCAGGUGGCUUUGGCCGUGGUGGCGGUGGUGCUGGUGGCUUUGGCGCUAGCCCAAUGGAGUGAACUUCCUCGUAGUUUGGAUUUGAUGUUUUUGAGUUAUAAGUUUUGCAUGAUGGUUUUAUGUAGUGAUGUUUGCAAGAUCGACCAGUCUACAUAUCUAUAAUAUGCUAUCUUAAUUCAAUCCAGUAAAAUAGCUCUGUGAAAUGGUUUAAGCUUCAUGUUAAUGCUCACAACGAGUUUAAGUGAAAA